AUGACAUUUGGACUUGUGAAUCAAUAAUUGAUUUAAAUUAUUUUAAUAAAAUUUAUAUAUCACCUAAAGGAAAGUUGAUAAUAUAUAAUAAUAAAAUUCACGAAGUUAUACGAUAUGAUAUUAAUACAUUGUCAAUCGAAACACAUAUUGUAAUGGAUUGGGAUCAUACCCUUGAGGAUAUCGGAUUCAGCGAUGAUGAAAAACUACUAUUAAUUAAUUCUGAUGGAUUUCACCUAAUUGAACCUAACCAUGGAGGAAUCGUGCUGGUUAUGUCAUCUAAAGUGCAUAAUAGCUCAAUAAUUCGUAAUUUCUGUUGCUAUUUAGUCCAUUGCAUGCCUUCAGAGAAGCAAGAUGACCCGAAAAUUUUUGAAGUUAGUACUAUUCAAGAUGAUCAGAUUAAUAAUUUAUCUUCUGGGGGUGCAGAAAUUGCGAAAAUGAUAAAUGACGAAUUAAACAAAGAUCAAAAAGAAUACAUUGGAGAAAAAGAAUUAAAAGGAUAUUCUUUACAGUGGAAAUUAGUUUGUGAAUCCGAUUCAGUAUCGCUCAAGGCAUUUCAAGAGGUAGACCAUGAAGACAAACAAGUUGCUGAACAGAAUAUUUUUCCUACUCCCCUUGAAGAUGGAAAAAAAUUUGUUCUACAAUGCGAGCUACUUAAGAAUGAUAAUUUG